GUGUGUGUGUGUGUGUGACCCUCACAUUGGACAGUGGUGCUGUUACGUGCUUCGUGUGGGAGUUAUGCAAAUCUUCAUCAGAAUAGCUCAUUUUGAGCAGUGCUGGGAAAGUGUUUAGUGCAACUUGAACGAGAGUAGCCUAAAUAACAGGAAGUUUCAGUACUGAAAAAUCUUAAACAGAAGUUUAUAUAUAUACGGGUGUUGCCAAAAGAUGAAGAAAAAAACCGUGUGUGAAGUAUGAAGUUCCACAGUGGCCUGUUUAAAAUAGUGGACAUUAUAACUUCCUGUUUGGACUGGGGGGUGGGGGGUGGGGGUGGAAUAGCAGUCAUUAGUGAAGCGAUGCGAUUAUUGAAGCGAUGACUUUCGCAACGCCCGUUCCGUUCAGCCAAAUAAAGAAGAGGCGGAACAGAAAGAUUUAACUCUGGUGACAGCAGUCAGCUCCACCUUGAGCAAGAGCUCACACCUUUCACAUCAGUGCUCGAUACGGUUUGACAAGGACGUGACAGUUUAAAGAGUUUCAUCACUGAGCAAAGUCGCGGGGAAACUUAUCUGAACAGGAUAUGAAGAUCUCUGCUCAGGAGUAUUACGAUUCGUGAAUUAAGAUGGGAUGUCUUUCUGUCAAAACUUUAUGUAAAGGCAUAGCGAUUCUGUUCUUUGUCAAUUUUCAGGGGUUGAAUGUACAGAGUAAUGAGAGUACAGCUUUACCUGUAACUACAAACAGUUCUUCAACUCAAACAUCUUCUCAAACACCUGUCACAACACCCCCUGCCUCUACAAGCUCUUCUACAUCAACUCAUUCAACUUUACCUGUAACUACAAACAGUUCUUCAACUCAAACAUCUUCUCAAACACCUGUCACAACACCCCCUGCCUCUACAAGCUCUUCUACAUCAACUCAUUCAACUUUACCUGUAACUACAAACAGUUCUUCAACUCAAACAUCUUCUCAAACACCUGUCACAACCUUACCUGUAACUACAAACAGUUCUUCAACUCAAACAUCUUCUCAAACACCUGUCACAACACCCCCUGCCUCUACAAGCUCUUCUACAUCAACUCAUUCAAGGCCAGAUGUGAUCAGUAAUCUCAAAGUGACUAACAUCACAACAUCAUCUGUGUUUCUGAGAUGGGAUGAACCAAUUGAAAAUAUAACUUUCUUUAAAAUUACAUGGACUGGUGAUGAUGCAAAUGAAAAUACAACAACAACAACUAGCACUUCCUAUGACAUCACUGGUCUGACUGCUGGAGUUAAGUACACAUUUUGUGUCACUGCUGUUAUUGAACAUAACAAGAGAGAAAGUGAACCAUCCUGCAUCUCAACAUAUACUGAGCCAAAUAGGAUCAGUAAUCUCAAAGUGAACAACAUCACAACAUCAUCUGUGUUAAUGACAUGGGAUGAACCCAUUGGAAAUUUUUUUUUCUUUAAACUUAAUUGGAUGGAUAAGAAAACAAAUGGAAAUUCAACAGAAACUAGUAACACUUCCUAUCACAUCACUGAUCUGAUUCCUGGAGUCAAUUACACAUUCUGCAUCACUGCUGUGGCAGCAGAUCAUUCAACAGAAGGCAAAGCUUUCUGCAUCUCACAAUAUACAAAGCCAGAUGUGAUCAGGAAUCUAACAGUGUCUGAAGUCACAACAUCAUCUGUGUUUUUGACAUGGGAUGAACCAAUUGGAAAUAGAUCUUUCUUUAAACUUCAGUGGACUGAUGAUGAAACAAACAGAAAUGACACAAAAACUAGUAACACUUUCCAUAACAUCACUGAUCUGAUUCCUGGAGUCAAAUACACAUUUUGCAUCACUGCUGUGGCAGCAGAUGAAGACGAAACAAAAGGCGAAAAUUUCUGCAUCUCACAAUAUACCAAGCCAAAUGUGAUUGGGAAUCUCAUAGUGUCUGAAGUCACAACAUUAUCUGUGUUUCUGUCAUGGAAUGAACCGACUGGUAAUAGAUCUUUCUUUAAAGUUAAAUGGAGUGACAAAACAAAGGAAACUAGUAACACUUCCCAUCACAUCACUGAUCUGACUGCUGGAGUCAAUUACACUUUCUGCAUCACUGCUGUGGUAGCAGAUCAUUCAACAGAAGGCGACACUAUUUGCAUCUCACAAUAUACCAAGCCUGAUGUCAUAAUGAACCUCACAGCUGAUGAUAUUACAACAUCCUCUGUGUUACUAAACUGGACUAAACCAAACGGUCAAAGCUCCCAUUACCGUGUAGAAUAUGAAGAUAAGAAUGUGACUUCUGAGAACACUUCUAUCAAAAUAAAUGGUCUAAUUUCUGGAGCACAGUACACAUUCAAAGUGUUUGCAGUUUCAGCUGAUCAUGUGACUGAGGGGAGAUCCAAUCAGAUUUCACUGUACACCAAGCCAAAUGUGAUUGGGAAUCUCAUAGUGUCUGAAGUCACAACAUUAUCUGUGUUUCUGUCAUGGAAUGAACCGAUUGGAAAUAGAUCUUUCUUUAAAGUUAAAUGGACUGACAAAACAAAGGAAACUAGUAACACUUCCCAUAACAUCACUGAUCUGACUGCUGGAGUCAAUUACACAUUCUGCAUCACUGCUGUGGCAGCAGAUAAUUCAACAGAAGGUGGCGCUAUCUGCAUCUCACAAUAUACAAAGCCUGAUGUCAUAAUGAACCUCACAGCUGAUGAUAUUACAACAUCCUCUGUUUCACUAAACUGGACUAAACCAAACGGUCAAAGCUCCCGUUAUCGUGUUGAAUAUGAAAAUAAGAAUGUGACUAUUGAGAACACUUCUAUCAAAAUAAAUGAUCUAAUUUCUGGAGCACAGUACACAUUCAAAGUGUUUGCAGUUGCUGCUGAUCAUUUGACCGAAGGGAGAUCCAAUCAGAUUUCACUGUACACCAAGCCAAAUGUGAUGGGGAAUCUCUUAGUGUCUGAAGUCACAACAUUAUCUGUGUUUCUGUCAUGGAAUGAACCAAUUGGAAAUAGAUCUUUCUUUAAAAUUAAAUGGACUGACAAAACAAAGGAAACUAGUAACACUUCCCAUAACAUCACUGAUUUGAUUCCUGGAGUCAAUUAUACAUUUUGCAUCACUGCUGUGGCAGCAGAUAAUUCAACAGAAGGCGGCGCUAUCUGCAUCUCACAAUAUACGAAGCCUGAUGUCAUAAUGAACCUCACAGCAGAUAUUACAACAUCCUCUGUUUUACUAAACUGGACUAAACCAAUCGGUCAAAGCUCCCGUUACCGUGUAGAAUAUGAAAAUAAGAAUGUGACUACUGAGAACACUUCUAUCAAAAUAAAUGGUCUAAUUUCUGGAGCACAGUACACAUUCAAAGUGUUUGCAGUUUCUGCUGAUCAUGUGACCGAAGGGAGAUCCAAUCAGAUUUCACUGUACACCAAGCCAAAUGUGAUUGGGAAUCUCAUAGUGUCUGAAGUCACAACAUUAUCUGUGUUUCUGUCAUGGAAUGAACCGAUUGGAAAUAGAUCUUUCUUUAAAGUUAAAUGGACUGACAAAACAAAUGAAAAAACAAAGGAAACUAGUAACACUUGCUAUAACAUCACUGAUCUGACUGCUGGAGUCAAUUACACAUUCUGCAUCACUGCUGUGGCAGCAGAUAAUUCAACAGAAGGUGGCGAUAUCUGCAUCUCACAAUAUACAAAGCCUGAUGUCAUAAUGAACCUCACAGCUGAUGAUAUUACAACAUCCUCUGUUUUACUAAACUGGACUAAACCAAACGGUCAAAGCUCCCGUUAUCGUGUUGAAUAUGAAAAUAAGAAUGUGACUAUUGAGAACACUUCUAUCAAAAUAAAUGAUCUAAUUUCUGGAGCACAGUACACAUUCAAAGUGUUUGCAGUUGCUGCUGAUCAUUUGACCGAAGGGAGAUCCAAUCAGAUUUCACUGUACACCAAGCCAAAUGUGAGGAAUCUCUUAGUGUCUGAAGUCACAACAUUAUCUGUGUUUCUGUCAUGGAAUGAACCAAUUGGAAAUAGAUCUUUCUUUAAAAUUAAAUGGACUGACAAAACAAAGGAAACUAGUAACACUUCCCAUAACAUCACUGAUUUGAUUCCUGGAGUCAAUUAUACAUUUUGCAUCACUGCUGUGGCAGCAGAUAAUUCAACAGAAGGCGGCGCUAUCUGCAUCUCACAAUAUACAAAGCCUGAUGUCAUAAUGAACCUCACAGCAGAUAUUACAACAUCCUCUGUUUUACUAAACUGGACUAAACCAAUCGGUCAAAGCUCCCGUUACCGUGUAGAAUAUGAAAAUAAGAAUGUGACUACUGAGAACACUUCUAUCAAAAUAAAUGGUCUAAUUUCUGGAGCACAGUACACAUUCAAAGUGUUUGCAGUUUCUGCUGAUCAUGUGACCGAAGGGAGAUCCAAUCAGAUUUCACUGUACACCAAGCCAAAUGUGAUUGGGAAUCUCAUAGUGUCUGAAGUCACAACAUUAUCUGUGUUUCUGUCAUGGAAUGAAACGAUUGGAAAUAGAUCUUUCUUUAAAGUUAAAUGGACUGACAAAACAAAUGAAAAAACAAAGGAAACUAGUAACACUUCCCAUAACAUCACUGAUUUGAUUCCUGGAGUCAAUUAUACAUUUUGCAUCACUGCUGUGGCAGCAGAUAAUUCAACAGAAGGCGGCGCUAUCUGCAUCUCACAAUAUACAAAGCCUGAUGUCAUAAUGAACCUCACAGCAGAUAUUACAACAUCCUCUGUUUUACUAAACUGGACUAAACCAAUUGGUCAAAGCUCCCGUUACCGUGUAGAAUAUGAAAAUAAGAAUGUGACUACUGAGAACACUUCUAUCAAAAUAAAUGAUCUAAUUUCUGGAGCACAGUACACAUUCAAAGUGUUUGCAGUUUCUGCUGAUCAUGUGACCGAAGGGAGAUCCAAUCAGAUUUCACUGUACACCAAGCCAAAUGUGAUUGGGAAUGUCAUGGUGUCUGAAGUCACAACAUCAUCUGUGUUUCUGUCAUGGAAUGAACCGAUUGGAAAUAGAUCUUUCUUUAAAAUUAAAUGGACUGACAACACAAAUGAAAAAACAAAUGUAACUAGUAACACUUCCCAUAACAUCACUGAUCUGACUGCUGGAGUCAAUUACACAUUCUGCAUCACUGCUGUGGCAGCAGAUAAUUCAACAGAAGGCGGCGCUGUCUGCAUCUCACAAUAUACAAAGCCUGAUGUCAUAAUGAACCUCACAGCAGAUAUUACAACAUCCUCUGUUUUACUAAACUGGACUAAACCAAACGGUCAAAGCUCCCGUUAUCGUGUAGAAUAUGAAAAUAAGAAUGUGACUACUGAGAACACUUUUAUCAAAAUAAGUGAUCUAAUUUCUGGAGCACAGUACACAUUCAAAGUGUUUGCAGUUUCAGCUGAUCAUGUGACUGAGGGGAGAUCCAAUCAGAUUUCACUGUACACCAAGCCAAAUGUGAUUGGGAAUCUCACAGUGUCUGAAGUCACAACAUCAUCUGUGUUUCUGUCAUGGAAUGAACCGAUUGGAAAUAGAUCUUUCUUUAAAGUUAAAUGGACUGACAAAACAAAGGAAACUAGUAACACUUUCCAUAACAUCACUGAUCUGACUGCUGGAGUCAGUUACACAUUCUGCAUCACUGCUGUGGCAGCAGAUAAUUCAACAGAAGGCGGCGCUAUCUGCAUCUCAAAAUAUACACAGCCUGAUGUCAUAAUGAACCUCACAGCUGAUGAUAUUACAACAUCCUCUGUUUUACUAAACUGGACUAAACCAAAUGGUCAAAGCUCCCAUUACCGUGUAGAAUAUGAAGAUAAGAACAUGACUACUGCGAACACUUCUAUCAAAAUAAAUGAUCUAAUUUCUGGAGCACAGUACACAUUCAAAGUGUUUGCAGUUGCUGCUGAUCAUGUGACCAAGGGGAGAUCCAUUCAGAUUUCACUGUACACCAAGCCAAAUAUGAUCAGGAGUCUAAAUGCAUCUGAAGUCACAACAUCAUCUGUGUUUCUGACAUGGGAUGAACCAAGUGGAAAUAGAUCUUUCUUUAAACUUAAAUGGACUGAAGAGAAAAGGACGUAUACAACAACUACUAACACUUCCUAUCACAUCACUAAUCUGAAACCUGGAGUCAAUUACACAUUUUGUAUCACAGCUGUGGCAGCAGAUCAUUCAACAGAAGGCGAGACUUUCUGCAUCUCACAAUAUACCAACAUAGACGACGUUGUGCCUGGUCUUGGUGUGAUUGUUGGCUCUGUUGUGGCAGUGAUCUGUUUUCUCUUUAUCAUCACUCUCAUUUUCUUCUUCUAUUCAAGAAGACAAACACAAAAACAAUGUCCUGACAUCCCUGUACACAACCUUAGAGAUAAAAUUAAUCUUGCUUUAAGAAUAGAAGAUUAUGACGAAUACUUUAAGCGGAAACAUGCGGAUUCCAACUGUGGUUUUGCUGAAGAGUAUGAGGAAUUGAAAUCUGUUGGAAAGGCACAGUCAAAGGACGCUGCAGAGGCUAUUGAAAACAAGGCAAAGAACCGUUACACCAAUGUUUUACCUUAUGAUGCUUCAAGAGUGAAAUUAUCAAUGUGUGGCAACCCCUUUGAUGACUACAUCAAUGCCAACUAUGUUCCAGGCUACAAUUCAAGAAAAGAAUUUAUUGCUGCUCAGGGUCCGUUGCCCGUUACAGUGAAUGAAUUCUGGAGAAUGAUCUGGGAGAAGAAUGUCUACACCAUUGUGAUGCUGACCAAAUGUAAUGAGCUGGGACGGGUGAAAUGUGAGAAAUACUGGCCAUCUGGGACAAAUCAUUAUCAUAACAUCUCAGUGACGACCACCUCAGAGAUAUCACUGGACAGCUGGACUAUCAGAGACUUCAAGAUUAAAAAUGUGAAAACAGCAGAAACUCGCUACGUACGCCAGUUCCACUUCACAGCGUGGCCAGAUCAUGGAGUUCCACAGACCACUGAAGUCCUCAUUGAUUUCAGACACCUGGUGAGAGAACACAUGGACCAGUACUCACGCCACUCUCCAACUGUGGUGCAUUGCAGUGCUGGUGUGGGAAGAACAGGGACCUUCAUUGCUAUUGACCACCUGAUUUUCCAGAUUGAAAGAGAAAGCAUGGUGGACGUCUACGGAAUUGUUAAUGAUAUGCGCAUGCACAGGCCUCUCAUGGUGCAGACCGAGGAGCAGUAUGUUUACCUUCACCAGUGUGCGUAUGACAUAAUUCGAUCAAGAACCGGAACCAAUGUGGACUUAAUUUACCAGAACACAGAGGCAAUCAACUCCAUCUAUCAGAAUGUAAAAUACAUAAAAUCAUAAAUGUAGGCGGCCUUAAGAUGGCCCUAGUCAGAGCAUAUUUAAAAGAGCAUUUUAAGUUUUCUUUCAAAAUAAUGUAAUGCAUUCUUUACAUGUAGUUCAAUCUAAUUUAUUUUCUUGCACGAUACACAAAAUAAAAACAUUGUGUAAUAUUUUAAUUUUAAUAUAUAAAUAUAAAAGAUUACACUGGAAAGAAUGCAACAUUUUCUAUGUUAAUUUUGAAGUAAACAGCAAAUAAUGUAUAAAUAAUUAUAUUUAUAAUAUUUCAAUCAAGAGAUCUUUAUUUUUUUAAUUUCCAAUAUAUAUCAUUUUACAUGAUAUAUUUACUGCAAUAUCAAAAAUCCCAUGUUUUAUAAAAUGCUUAUCUCUUCAGUGACAUUUAGAGGAAUAUAUCUUACAAUAUUUAAACAUUUAGAGAAGAAAUAAAAUGAUUUUUCUUUUUUCCCCACUAGAAGGCACCCCCAGCCUCUCAAUGCAUGAUACAAAUGUGAAUAUGUUUGAGCUAUUAUGUUGAUAAUUAGAAAGAAAAUUGUUGUGGUUGAUAAGUUUUAUUAUUAUUGUUAUUUUUAUUAUUAUGUUGUUGUUGUAUUAAGGGUUUAGCUGUGUGCAGUUCAACCUGCUCUGCUGGAUAUGAGCAUUUGCUUGGGAUUUGUAAUUUAUAUUGUGUUUCAUUUUUAUACAGUACUAAUUUGAUUAGACAAGUAGCUUUCCAAGAGUGCUAAUAUUUAGUAAACAAACACAGCUACAAACUAUCCGAAUUAUGUCUGGAAAGUUAGUAACUCUAUAUUAAUGUUCUAUUUAUGGCACUUUUGUUUAAAAGCAAUCACACCUGCAACUGUACUGUUAUUAUACUUAGCAGCUGUGAUUACCUGCACUCUUACUUGUGCAAUAUUUCUUAAAUAUAUGACAAAGCACUAUAAAAAAAACUGCUUUUACUGUUUAUACAUUGCUAUGAUCAACAAAGUUAUCUGACAUUUUUAUUUGUAUUUGAACAACAGUGCACUAGAUUCUCUUUCCCACUUGCAUUUCACACUGGUCACUUACUUGUUUCUUGCUUCUAUAUUUUUUGAACAUAUAUGAUGAGGCUACUUGCAUAUAGGGAGUGUCUUUAGCUCUUUUUGAUUUUAUCAAAUUAUGAUCCAUUUAUUGUGAUGAUUCUGAUACAUGCUGGAAACUGUGAACACAAAAUGAAUAAAAAUAAAUGAAUUAAAAAAUAUAUAUAUAUCAAAA